UUAUUCUUCAUUAGGCGGACAUGAAGGCGGCGUUGUCUGAGGGUGGUCAAGAUGUUGGGAAGACCUGUUUGAGCGAGACACACUCUUUCUUAAUUUUUAGGAUCUGCCGGAGGCAACAUUUAAUUUUCGCUCUUGCUUUGUGAAACAGAAUAAGGAAGUUUUCUGUCUGGAAAGUCGCAUAUCUACGCUAGGAUACCGUGAAGCGAAAUGGCCGCUACAGUUGACGCAGACGUUCCAGAAACUGGGGCUGUAUUUACUUUUGGUAAAAGUAAAUUUGCUGAUAAUUUACCUAACAAAUUUUGGGUGAAAAAUGACAGAGUGCUUCAGAUUGCUUGUGGUGAUGAACAUACAGCCCUUAUUGCAGAGUCUGGCAGAGUGUUUAUGUUCGGCCCCAAUGAAUGGGGUCAACUUGGUCUUGGUCAGGAGAAUAACGGUGUUAACAAACCAAGCUGUGUUAAAUCCUUAAAGCAUGAAAAAGCUAAACAAGUUGCUUGUGGAAGAAGUCAUACCUUGAUCUCAACAGAGUCAGGACACAUCUAUUCAUGUGGUAACCAUUCUGAUGGGCAGCUUGGAUACAAAGCUACUACAAAUCAGCAUAUACCAAAGCUUAUAGAGUCAUUGCCUCCUACUAAAUAUAAAUUGUUAGAUGCUGGCUCUGACAGCUCUGUAGCUCUGACAGUGGAUGGUAGAUUAUUUAUGUGGGGAAACAACGAAGAUGGCAAACUUGGUUUAGGGGAAGUGGAAAUAGUGGAGGAACCCACACAGCUGCCCAUGGAUCGUCCUGUGGUCUGCGUGGCUUGUGGUUAUUACCACACAGCUAUUGUAACAGAUGAUGGUAAACUAUUUACAAUGGGUGAGUCAGACGGUGGCAAGCUUGGCUUGACUGAUGAUGCAGGGGAGACAAAUGUACCACAACAAGUUACUGCCAUCACUGAGCCAGUCAAAUGGGUGAGCUGUGGGAGCUCACAUACAGUGGCUCUAACAGAAAGUGGGGACUGUUAUGUGUUUGGAGAAGGUGAAAGUGGUCAACUUGGACUUGGUACUGAUACAUACUCAGUGACUGAACCAACACAUUUAAAACUGCCUUUCAAAGUGAAAAAAGCUUACUGUGGGCAAGCUUUCACAGCCUUGAUAUCAGAAAAAGGUCAGCUGUAUACAUUUGGUGACGGGAGACACGGAAAGCUAGCUCAUGGUGAUGAUCAGUUCUCCAAUCAAUACAAACCUUAUCACUGCAAGCGAUUUUCUCAUUUUAUUGUAACAAAGGUAGCGUGUGGUGGUUGUCACAUGAUAGUCACUGCCAAGCCAAAACCUCAGGAUGAUGGUGAUGUGACUGUGGAUGGUGAAGUAGAUGAAAUGAAGUCAUUGGAUGACAGGUCAUUGCUAGAGACCAUGAAUGGAGGUUCUCCAACACUCUCCAGGUCUUUGUCUGCCAGAGAGAAAAGAAGAAAUGAAGUCACAAGAUCUUUCUCCACUCUGACUGAGUUGCUUCCAGCUUUGAAUAGAUCUCGCCUUAGCACAACAAUGCCUGCUCUGAAAUCUCAGCCUAAAGUCAAUGGGGAUGUUCUUAGUAGAACUGUGGCUCCUAUGCUUGCUCUAGAGAAUGGUGUAAAGUCUAACAAGGAAAGUGAUGAUGAAAAAGAUCAUAGUAAAGUUGCUGGAAACAAGGAUCCUUCCCCUAUGGUCACGCCAAGAAAACUACACAGUCCUAAGAGUCUCCAAGAUGGUAGUGAUGGUGAUGAUGAGCAUGAUGAUAGCAGCAUUGACGGGGAGGCUUCAGAAUCAAAUGAGAACUUUGAUAAAAAGUCGGAUGAUGACGAUGAAGAUUUGCUGGCUGUGACCAAUGAAAUGAAGAAAAAAAUCGAAGAUUAUGCCAGCGAUGAAAGCGAGGAUGAAAAGCUGGCGAGCAAGUCUGGUCCUAAAAGUUUAACCAAAUCCGACAACAGUGAGGUUGUUGUGAGCCAAGUGAUAAAGCAGGAAGUAAAAGUGGAAGAUAGACUUACAAACAAUACAGAGAAGCCAAAGGAAGAAACUCAAAGUGACUCCACACCAACAGUAAGAGUAACUUUUGUGGAUGCUGCGCACCAGAAAAAGGGUCCUCUACCUACACCUAGAAAAAAGAUAGAGGAGAAAGAAAAAGAAGAGGUCAGUGAUGAAGAAGAUGAGGAUGAAGAAGAUGAAGAGGAGGAAGGAGAGGAGGAGAAGACCAAAGAACAGAAAAAAGAAGAAGAAGAGAAAGGGAAAAACAAAAAGAAUAAAGAUAAGAAAGAGAAAAAGAAGAAAGAAGAAGAAAAGACUAAAAAAGACAAAAAAGAAAAGACAAAAGGUAAAAGUGAAGAAGACAAAUCAAAAGAGGAUCUCAAAUCCAAGAAAGGAAAAAAGGAAGACAAAGACAAAACAGAAGAAAAUGAUGUUAAAAAAGACAAGCAAAAGAAUAAAGAAGAAAAAAACAAAGAGAAAAAAAAAGGAAAGAAAGAUAAAGAGAAUGAAGAAGAAGAGAAUGAAAAGACUGAUAAAAAGAAGAAAAAAGGAAAGAAAGAUGAAGAAAAUGAAGAAGAAGAAGAAAAUGAGAAAUCUAUUCAAAAAAAUGAUAAAAACAAGAAAAAGGGAAAGAAGGAAGAAAAAGAGGAGAUAAAGUCUGACAUUGAAAAUGGAACCAAUGAAAAAGAUAUAAAUGAAAAUAAAAAGCCUCCUGCAAAAAAAUCCAGAACAUGUACAGUCUUAUGAUCUUCACUAUUGUGUUACCCAUGCUCAGCUCAAGAACAACAGUUUUGGACAGUUUUCAGAGACACAACAGUUGGAUUUAUUUCACACACUAUGCAUGUGUAGUGAAUACUAAAUUCAUUAAUAUAAUCUUCUGAACAAAAAAAAAUAUAUACUUGUAUAUAGUUCAUCAAUAUAUUUUUAGUAUCUUUACAUUUAUGAAAUAGUGAAUAAUCAGUCUGGGCAGAUCUUUUGGUUUUGUCUAGCAUCAUUUUUGUAUGAAAGUACAGAUAUUGAAUAAUUGCUGUUAAAACAUUAUAUUUUACAAAUAUAACAGAGAUUCCUAACUCAUAUAUUAUGGCUCUAUUAAGGGUUGUAGAGUGUAUUUGUAAUAUAGAAAAAGAUACAAGUUUUAUACAUGCAUUUUAUGUGUACAAAUAUUAUAAUUUACGAUUGACUAGUUCCAUAAAAUUACAUAUUAAAAAGUCAUAAGAGUGUACUGUAUAGAAGUACAUAGCGUAUCCUGCCUAAUAUUAACAAGGGAAAUAUUACAUAAUUUGGCUGGAUGAAUGCUACAAAAUAGUGGAAGUUGAAAUCAGGCUUUUGAGGGUGAAAAAAUAUUAAAAGAAUUUGCUCAUAUAGCAAGUUAGAUGUCCUAAAGCUACAUGGAUUCUCUCUUACACCAUUGAAGAAACAUUUCAUGAACGCAGUUCACCACACCUGGUCCUUUACUGAACACAUUACUGUUGAAAAGUUUUUGUAAGGAUUUGAAUAUUUGAUGUACUUUUGUUGUUUACUAAAUGAUGUGGUGGCCAGACUGAAUUGGAUGCAGGUUCAAAUAUUGGGAUUUAUUUUGAACUGAAGUUUGAUUCUUGUGCAACUAACAGGCAGCUAUAAUACUUCUCACUUUACCCAUGUACCAAUGAAGCUUACAAUAUUGUCAUUGCAUUGUGUAAACAUCAUUUGAGCUUAAUUUGCCUCACUUGUAAAUAUUUUGUUUAAACUUUAAUUGUACAUAGUAAUUGCCAAAACGUUUGCUUAGAUUAUUCUACACUGUCCAGAGCAAGUUUAAAUCUCUGUAUAUUUUGACAAUGCUCAGAUCUGAUAUGCUACUCCCAUUAUAAAUAUUGUAGAAUACUAAGAAGAGAUCCGUCCAUGUCACUUGUUACAUUACAAUGUAUUUCUUUAUAUUUCUGUGAUAAAAACCAAAGUUAAUAAAAUAUCUUUAUCAAAAUAUUGUAUCAUUGUAUUAUAGUAUUGUUAAUUUGAUAUUGAUUGAUUUUUAUGUUAUAAAAAAUAUGUUUAAUCUUUCACAUUAGUUUGUAGGUAUUAAAAACCUUUCCUUUUAUAUAACUCAACAUACCAUAUAAAAAAAUAUUCCCCCUGCAGGCUAAGUAAUUUCAUUAUGUUUUAUGUGUAAAAGUUUUUAGAUUAAUUUCUUUUUGACAUGAUAAAUAAAUCAUAAAUGGUUAGAUUACUCAACAUUUAAUAGUUUGUAUUUUUUAUUUUACAAAGCACAGUAAAAUAAAUAAUUAAGAAACUAUUUAAAACUAGACUUCUUUAGUUUAACUCACAAUGUAAUUAUAUUUAUAUCAUAGAGAUGUAAACACACUUUUAUAGCACUUUCAUUAUUUCAUACAUGGAAAACAACAUUUCAAUUAAACUAGCUAUCUCACAUUGCAAAACAAUUCACAAAACUACUGCCAUAUACACAAAAUAUAAUUUAUUGUUCUUUUACCUUCAUUUAAAUUUACAAAAAAUGUUCAGGCAUUCAUCACAAAACCUAUACACAAUACAUCUUUAUGUUCAGAUUAAUUCAUACUAACUAUAUUCAGGAUACAUUUACUUCCAAAACUACUUCAAUAUAACUUUUGUUUAAUACAACAAAGCCAAAAUGGUACAUUGAUAUUUAAAAUAUUCUAUCCAAUUUGUAUUGAGAACAUUAGUAAAACACACAUUUUGCAUUCUUGAA